GUGUGUGUGCGUGCUUAUAAGGAUUGUAUGACCCCACAAGGUUACACCUCAAUUUGAGGAUGAGGACUUUAAAAUAAGAAAUGACGCAACAUGGGCAUUUUGUCGAAAUCGAAUGAAUAUAUAGGUGAUGCAACUAAGUGGAAGAGAGGUGGGAUAAAAGACUGCAUUUGGCUAAGGUCUUUAUAUCACAAAGCUAUAAUGAUAAGCGAUAUCACUCAUCAAAAGGGCUGAUAUGAGCAUUUGGACCUUAGCCUAGUCAUUUAGGAAAAUGUAGUUUUUCGACAAGGACUUGUCUAGGACUAAUUUCACCUUUGAAUUGUACAUCCAGACCAUCAGCAAAGAGUUAGCCUGGACACGCAGCCAGGCAAUUUUGAGCCAUGCAGUCGGAAAUAGAAUGAAAGUUUAAACACAAAAAAUGAGUGUGGUUUUCGUCACGUUGUAGUUGGGAUGAUCGUUUACACAGGAAAUUAGUCAAAAAGUACUUCCGGUGAAUUGUCUAAAUAAAUGGAAUCACGUUUAACAUGUGCAUGUGUCAACCCUCGCACCGCAACCUGCAUUCAAUCCCAAUGAGAGUCGCAGUCCUCAGACUUGGAUCCUCAUCAGAUCCAUGAUCAACACCAUUUAAGGUUAGUUGGCUAAAAACUAAACUUGUUGAUCGCCAUAUGGUCUCUUCAAUUCAGUGGAGCAGAGAGUCAAUAUGAGACACUCCAGCGGUCUGUGGGUGUGAGCGACGCUGCAGACACUCUCUCUCUCUCUCUCACUGCGCGUGAUUAGACACAAAAUAAACAUAUUGCAAGUCUGUGAUAAAUCAGAAGAAAUGUAGAUUAAACAUUUUCUCCGUAGUGAUGGAUCACAUACAUAACAGUGGUUUCUGCUUUUAUUUAACCAGUAUGAAAGACAAAAUCACUAUAUUGUGUCACUUCACUGGUAUUGGUCUCUAUAACUACAUCAUCAGCGUUACUCUCAUGUGUUGUUGACCUGAUGCUGCGCCCUACGCAAAUCAGAAGAAACUUUUCAUGUGAGUCACUGCUUUGCAAAAAGCGUGCAGGGCAGCCACAAACGUCAAUUGUGGUGUAGUCCAGGAUAGCCGAGCUGCCCUCUAAACUUAACCCACUAUGAUGUCCGUCGUAUGGCAAGAGGAACGCCUGUCUGGGGGAAAUAGCCUGAAGCAAAUCUGGAUGGCAGAGCAAGCCUGUUAAACCAGGGGUUCUUAACCGCUUUGAUUUCGGGCCCCACCUUUUCCAGACCAAAUGGGCCUGGGGCCCAUUCAAGUUAUAGAACUGCUUCAUUACUCUUGAUUUCAUUUGUGUUCAGUUUUCUUUUGAACACAAGUCAUAUUCAUCAAAUUUACAAAAAAAAACUUGAUGCAAACUAGAAAUUUUGAAAAAAAGAAAUCCCAUAUAGGUCAACAAAAUCAUCAGUCCAAAACUGCUGAUGGACCCAGAAGAGGGCAGAAGAACCGGGGAAGAGGCCAAAGAGGCGGCAGCUUUAGUGCGCCGGCGAGACCAAGGUUCAUGACUCAGGAGUUUAAGGAUCAAAACGCCCUGGUGGUGGAUGGACAGAUAUUAUGCAAGCAUUUCAUUUGGGGCAACUGCAUCAAGGGCGAUGACUGCCAGAUGGUGCAUGCUCCGGUCCACAAUGGUCUCAUCAAAGAAAUGUGCAAGUUCUACGUGGUAGGCUUCUGCUCACGAGGAGACAGCUGCCCCUACAUGCACAAGUCGUUCCCCUGCAAGUUCUUUCAUCGGAAGGGUUUGUGUGUCAACGGAGAGAAUUGCAAGUUCUCCCAUGACCCACUCACCAGUGUGACCGAGCCACUGUUGGAGGCUACAAUGAAGAUGGAACAGGAAGCCAGAGAGCGUCUAAUGAAAGUGGAGCAGAAGCAGCACACAGAUGUGGAGUCCCCUUCUGUGGAACAGAAGGAAGAGAACAAGCCCCUGGACGUUUUGAAUCCAGCCAUGCCAAAGUUCUACAACAGCCUGGAACCUCACUCUGAGGUGGACCAUGCCGAAGAGCCAUCUGAGGACACAGAGGAAGACAACAAUGCGCCCCAUUCUGGUGGCUCACCGGCAAAAGCUUCAGCGCCUGUAGAGCCAGUGUGUUAUUCAGUUGAAGCUGUGCUUGGACCUCGUCACUCUGUCCCCGCCCUCUUUUCAUACUCUGCAAGUCAGGUUCCACCGAGCUGCCCAGCUGCCCCCGCUCCACCCACACAUCCUACAGUGACAAACCUCAGCGAAGCUCCAUAUUCUGUUGCUGCAGUGCUAGGAACAUACAAAUCCCUUAGUAGCUUUUCGAACCCACCUUCCACUUCCCCUGUGGCCAAAGUCUGUGUUCCAGCAUCUUCUCCGGCUGCAGCUGCCAACACUCAGUUAAGCCCAGUUGAUAAGCCUUCAAAGGCAAGCUGUCUUCAACCACCGUUGAGGAGUCAGAGCAAGAUACGUGAUGCCCCACUGACCCCCAAACACGAUAAAAGCUUUACACUUGGAGCCAAAAUGAAGACUGUCGGGGAUGUGUCGAGUCAUAACUACCCACCCCAGAACCAUCAGUCAUCGCCCGAGAAUGUGAGACGCCUUGGUGAUGAUCGACAACAGGGCUUGUGUGGAGGAUUCAAAAGCCUUUUUUCCAGCCCACCUGGACAAAGGGCUGCUCCCACCAAGCCGCCCUCCUCCGAAGAAGCUUCCCCGGAUUCCCCAUCCUCUCCAUCUCAGAGAGGUGCUCAGUUUAAACACUGUGUCACCUUUCUGGUCCGAAAUCUAAAAACAAUUGAAACAUCAUGUCAUCAGCCUGACUCCCAGGAACCAGAGACAGCAAAGAGGAAAAGAGAAGGUGCAGGAAUGACUGGCAGGUGUGGCGAGUUUCAAUUCAAAAGUCUGUUUUCAGCCGCCCUCCCCGGUGCCUCCUCAAACACCCCCGAACCUGCAGAUGGUGGAGAUGGAGGAGAAGUUGUGGCUGGUACCUUAUGUGCCCUCUUUAAGACUUCUGCUCCUAUGGGACAUUUGCCAACAGCCUCCCCCAAUUCCCUGCACUUACAAUCAUCCAGAGCCAAAGCAACUCAGCAAGCAGCAGGAACUCACAGUGGAGAAGCAAUGGAAACAUGUGCAGCGAAGCAACAACUCUCCACACAGCUGGAUACUGAAGGGAGGUCCCACCAGCAGCUGCAGUCCAACACGUGUUCUCAACUGAAAUCUCUCUUCCUGAGCCUCAGUCCGUCAUCUGCACUCCAGUAGGUGCGACCCUGCACUUCACCUGCUGUGGUGCUCUGUUGGAGGGACCAGACCGGAGACUAACACCUGGUGUUUGAUCAUCAGAGGGCAAAAUGUGUUGUGAACUACAGUUCCUGCAGAGGCCCCUGGUGAAAGAAACUCAUGUACUUCUGCCUAAAUUAUUAUUUGGAUUUUCUAAUUUGCCAUUUUGAAAAAUGUUGAAUGUUACGUCAUACAUCUCUUGUUUUCACUUGUUGGUCAGCAAACCAAAGAAUCUUGUGCUUCUUCUGCUGACAAUAAAACAA